AUGCUCUUGGUUCCCCUUCUCCUGCCUUUCCUCGGCACCGCUCAUGCACUUAGCGUUCCCUUUGAGCGCCGCGCCAAAAUCCAUUCUACCACCGUCUCUAUCAAUUCACAUUAUGGCGGGAAUUUAGGUUGGACGAAUGUCGAGGAUGCCCUAUAUACUGCCACUGUAUAUGUUCAGGGGCAGCCGUUCCAGGUGCAAAUCGAUUCCGGCAGCGCCGAUCUCUGGCUGAAUACGGAAGGCGUCACGCUUGACGGUCUCGUAGACACCGGCAUCAAUGCUACAGUCGCGUAUGUUGACACAAGUGCUGCAUCCGGCCCCAUUGUUCUUGGCAAUGUUUCGCUCGGUGAAUUCACAGUAAACGGCCAAGCCUUCAUAAAUGCUCCUGGCAGCAACGCCAGUUAUGACGGUAUUGACGUCGGUCUAUUAGGCGUCGGCCCGCCCAGUCUAUCGAGCGUUUUCAAUCAUCUUGUGAACUCCUCGUAUGACGGUUUUCCAUUUCUCGUGAAUGUUUUUAACCUCAACCCUGAUGAGCCAAAUUUCAUCACGUUCCUCCUUUCUCGCUCGGAUUUCGGUUACACAGAAGGUGGUAUUAUGACUAUUGCUGAGCUUGUAUCGAACUACACUGAGAUCACCAAUGCUCCUAAACUUCCUGUAGUCUCUGAGUUCGGUUGGGAAACAUACAUGGAUGGGGUUUACAUCAACGGCGAAUACUACACCGGCCAUUCCAACGGGGCGGUUGGGGUGAUCGCUGAGCCCAGCAAGAAUCAGACCUUGAUCGUUCUUGACACCGGAACAGCCCUCGCGAACGCACCUGAGUACUACGUCGAUGCGAUGUACAAAGACUUACCUGGCUCAGUGUGGAACGAGACUCUCGGGAGGUACGUUUUGCCCUGCACGACCAAGGUCAACAUCAGCAUGGUUUUCGGGUCGAGCGUGUAUCCCAUGAACCCUAUUGAUGCGACGAAUAUUCAAGUUAACGACGAUGGCACUUUCUUUUGCGCUGGAGCAUUCUCCGCUACACCUGAUGGCGCCGGAGUUGACGGGGGUCUGCUAGACUGGAUCUUGGGCGAUGCGUUCCUGCGCAACGUAUACAGCCUCAUGAACUUCGGCAAGAACUUCACUGGCAGUGGCGACGAAUCGCCAUACAUGCAGAUCCUGAGUAUAACGGAUGCGGAUGAAGCUUGGGCAAACUUUGAUCAUGCGAACUUGCUCCGAAUUGCAGGAUCUGAAUACAGCCAGUUCGCCAACGUCUCCUCUUCCGGUGAAGUUGCGUCGGCAACGACCACCUACUCCUUAGUGACGCCUACGUCGACAUCAGCUUCAAUCACAUCAUCGGCAGCGGCUAAGGACAAGUUGGCUGACGAACUUGCUGCGUCUUCGGCCUCACCAUCUGCUGGUUCCUCCUCAGACAACAGCGAUUUGUUGCGCAAUUCGUACAUCAUCAUGGGCCUGGUUGCUGCAGUGCUCGUGCUUCUGAUUGCAGUGCUAGUCAGCGUUGUCAGGUCAUCGAGGAACAAGCAGUACAGGCAGGUUCCCACCAUGAUCCCGACAGCACAUUUCGGCAACGACAAAGCAUACGAGCCAGAGAGCGAGGCAUUUACCAACCCGUAUGACGAUUCUGCUCGCCCCACCCAUUGA